AUGAAGUACUCUCUCACCAAGACAUUCGCCUUUAUCCUCUUUAUUUUCGGCACUUUCACACUAGUGGCAUCUAUUCCUGUCGAUGGCGAUCAGUCCCUUGAUCUUUACGACAACACCACUCUGCCUUCCACGGAGGCUUUACCAGGCGGUUCUACAGAGAUCAAGUCAAUUUUCGCCGCCCGGGUUAUGGGAGUGUUUAGGAGAGAUUGCGUGGGGUUUAUCAACAGACGAGGCUAUGAAAAUGAAGCGCGGACGGUUAGCAACACGCUGCUCCUAACCCUUAUGCUAUUCUUUGGACACUCGAUAUCUGGCUAA